GAAACAGAGAGAGAGAGAGAGAGAGCCAUUUCGAUGGAAUCGAUUCAGGUCCAAGAAAUGAGCGGAGGAGAACUCCUCAAUCAAGAAAUCCAGCAGAUCCAGGAAACCAAUGAAGCAGCAGAAUCGAUCGAUUUAGCCGUCCUCCGCUUGAAUUCCGACGACCACCAUCACCACCACUCCCACUCCUCUCACUCCCCUUGCCAAUCCUGCGGUUGCUCCGGCGGCCCCUCUUCCUCCAGAAACAACAAGCGCCGAUCGUCGGACGCGGGAUCUUUCUCCACCCCUCCUCUGCCCCCCGCCGCCGCCGGCAUGGAGAACCCAGAGCGCGAUUCCCGAUUCCAGCUCGCCAAGAGGCCCAAGAAACUCUUCUCCGAAUCUUCUCCCGAAACCCUCUCCGGCGUCGUCAUUCCGCCGGGGUUCUCCAAGAUCGCUCUCCCUCUCUCCGCCCAAUCGAUUUCUCCACCACCAGCGGGAUCCCCCGCCCUCGUCGCCGCCGUCUCUCCCAAUCUCCGCUGCGGUUCUUCUCAAAAUCUAAUUCCUCAAUCGCCGGCCACCAGCAACGUCGUCCCAAACGAUUCGCCCACGCCGUCUUCCAAGGCACCGGGAUCCGCUUCCCGCCCUCCCCUGCCGCCGUUGAGGAGAUCGUGGUCGCUACCGUCGCCUGAUAAACCGGCUCCUUCAACUUCCAGCGACGCCGUUUCAGGCAAUCCCCCGCACCAUGAAGAGAAGCUGAAGGCAGUGGGGAAUUGGAUCAAGGAGGUAGCUAAGUGGUGGGAUGAAUUUCACACUGUUGAUGAGAUGCCAGUAGUAGUCGACCAGGCAGAGAAGAAGGUCCCCGAUGAUGAUGAUAAUGCCUCUAAUGCAGUUAAGGAUGACAAAGAGUCUGCAGGUUGUGAAGAGUCAGUGAAUGUGGAGAGAACAGGUGAAUGCUUGAUCAUAAACUUCAAGUGUCCAUGCAAGAAAGGGUAUCAGAUUCUUCUCUCUGGAACCAGCUGUUACUACAAGCUCAUGUAGAUGAUCCAGUGCUGAUCUCCAAGAUGCUGAUGCCCAAAUUUACAGUAACAGGCACUUCAUGUAUAGAGUGCUGUAACUCAUUCUUUAGGUUUUGUUACCUUGUUCAUAGAAUCUCUUUUCUGAAGAAACUAUGCCACCUGAGAAGAAGGGUAUGGGUUUCUGAUUGUCUUUUUCGAAGGGAGGGUUUUCCUUGUAUAGACAGAUGAGGCAGAUUCUUCGAGCAGCUAGCUCAAAGGAUGCUUUACUUACCCCCAUGUCAGCUCGUUGCUGUUGUUGAUAAUGAAUAAAACUUGACUGCUAUUUUUGAGGA